AGCAGUUGAAUCCGAGUCGUCGUGGAAAACGGUUCUGAGUGUUCCGAGCACAAAAGCCAAACCCCUUUCCGACAACCAAGGAGACAGCGAAGUUUCGCAAACAUCAACAACAACACACCGUGUGGCUUGGUCGUUUAUUAUCAACCCCCAUUCCGGUGAUCGUUCGAGGAAAAAUCUUCCCCCCUUUACUACGCGAAAAUCACCCGCACGCGCGUCUGUGUGUGUGUUGCGUAGCUUUUCCCCGGUCGGUGGCAUUUGUGGUGCGGCGUUUUUUGUAACCCCGUAAAGUGUCUCCCUGUGUGUGUGUUAGUGCAUAUACAGUGAGUGCGAAAAUUGCAUCAGUGUGUGUGUGUGUGUGUGCGUAACGCGUCGCCAGUGCAAAAGUAAGAUCCGUCGUUCGUGGUAAGAGAAAGAGAGAAAGAGAAGAAAAAACAUCGCAAGCGAAGAAACGAACCCAUCGGCAUCGAUACGCAAACACCGCAUCACGGUGCACUGAGCGAGAGAGCCAGAGCGAAAGAACGAGAGCGAACAGUUCUCGUUGCGUGUGCGCGCACCUCCUACCCCGUAUCUGUGUGUUCGCGAGAAGGCGACAGAGAGAGCGCAGCUGAGCGGCCGCAAUAAGGGCAGAGAGCGUGCGAGAGCGAUAACGUGCGCGCGCGCCUGUGUGUGUGUGUGUCCCGCAGUUCGACAGUGAAGCAGCACCGGACCCGUCAGUCCACUCUGAGCAGGCAGCGGAAGCAGCAGCAGCAGCAGCAGCAGUAAAUCGUAAGCCGCAGUAGUUAGCAGUUGUCGCCCGAGAGUGUUCGCAGAGCCCAGCAGAGCGUCACCCGAGAAAGCAGCAGCAGCAGCAGCAGCCAGUGUGCAAAAAGCAGCGAAACCACACACUACCACACCACCACUCCAAGCACCAAACACUCUUAGCAGCAAAAGAUGGCCGAUCAACUUACGGAAGAACAGAUCGCUGAAUUCAAAGAAGCGUUCUCGCUGUUCGACAAGGACGGCGAUGGCACAAUCACCACCAAGGAAUUAGGCACCGUGAUGCGAUCGCUAGGCCAGAACCCCACAGAAGCUGAAUUGCAAGACAUGAUCAACGAAGUCGACGCGGACGGUAACGGCACGAUCGAUUUCCCCGAGUUUCUAACAAUGAUGGCUCGUAAAAUGAAGGACACGGACAGUGAAGAGGAAAUCCGGGAGGCAUUCCGAGUCUUCGACAAGGACGGCAACGGUUUUAUCUCUGCAGCUGAGCUGCGCCACGUCAUGACUAAUCUGGGCGAGAAGCUAACAGACGAGGAGGUCGACGAGAUGAUCCGUGAAGCCGAUAUAGAUGGCGAUGGCCAGGUUAAUUAUGAAGAAUUCGUAACAAUGAUGACAUCGAAGUGAGCUACAGGUCGAUACAUUGCGCCUUUCUAUUUGUUUAUUAAGAAGACUGUAGCCACGCGCAACAACAGCUGCGCAACGCUAUCGAUUUGGAUUUAAAAAAAAAAAGAGCGAAAAGCGGAAGAGGUGGAGAAAUGCAGCGUGGGAUUUAAUGGAGUGGAGGAGACAAGAGCGGAGGAGGAUGAUGAUGAUGAUGAUGAUGAAAAGAAAGGAAGUGGAAAAGAGCUACAUACAACAACAAAAAACGCAACGUAAAAGAGCAAGAAACCAUACAGAAAAGAGUAAAGCUAACGAGAGAUAAACAUUAAAUAAGAAAACUCUUAAGCAUAACACAGCAGUAAGCAGUAUACAACAACAAACAUGAUGGAAACAAAUU